AUGGCAAGACGGCAGAAUCAACGAGACAACUUCCCACCAGAAUUCUGGGAUAGCCUGUCCAAGGUUUGGCUCACGCCGCGCGCCCUGAGGGAGCAUGAUCGCCAAAAUAAUACAUCUUCUCUAAGGUUUACAGCUCCCGAGGUAUAUUCUACAGCUCCCGAGGUGUAUUCUGCAGAUCUUGCUCGAUUUGCAAGAUAUAGCGGCCCAGAUCUUUAUCAUAUUUAUGGGCAUCCGGAACCGCGAUCCAGCCCUCACACCUUGACCUCCAGCACCUCGUCAGAGAGCACACGCACACGGUCUACGACAACAACGACUGUCUCUUCUGAGGGAAGACGGUCCUCGGUGUACGACAAAGACUUCGAGCAGCACAUCAUCGACCACAACAUCUACACAAACAACCUAAAGUCGACGCCCAAGAGUGGGACAGAUCUACGGUCACCGUCGGGGGAGAGGACGAGACGCUCCCUCUCGCCAUCCCGUUUCUCCGAUGGCGCUUUUGAAGCCUUCCAGAAAGUACACGAUGAGGUGAAGUCGGAAGAAGACGUAAUGCGCGAGAUCAUUCCUGUCAUCAGCGGCGAUGCCAAUAUCGCGAACAGUGGCAACGUUGUCUUCAAUAACCUGGAUUCAAUCACCGAUGGGACAAGCGUCAAUGCGAAGCCAGACUUUUACGACGGGGCUUAUCCUGAGGAUAUCGACCCAGCCGCCAAAGCCCCUUCGAAGGAUGCCGACGUCGCCAAACGACAAGCCUGUCUCGCCGGGGCAUACGGCGCCCGUGCGAUGCACGCACUGCAGAACUACGGUCAAGAGGAGCCCCAGUACGACGGUAAUGCCUACGCCUACAGCUCGACUUACCACGCUGGAACCGGCACGCUCAAGCUGUACGCCCACCACGUUACGGCGCCGACGACUGAGGGAGGACGGCCAGAGUACCAUAUGACGCAUAUGAGGACAUUUGGUAUGAUUGACAGUCGCGAGGCAUUUGUCCAGGGAGUCACUGCAUUCAGGAACACCAGGGACUUGGCGAAACGACGCCGAGACAAGCUCAUCCAGGCUGCGAACGCCAGAGCGUUUGAAGACAACAUGGUCGUCGCACAUGAAGGCCUCGACACUGCAACCGAGAUACAGUAUGAGGAGGACUCGACCGAUGAGCCAGCGCUUUCCUCUCAUCAUUAUCCCUACGCAGAUGACGAUUCGGAAGAUGCACUUGGUCAAGCAUCUGUGGCGGCGGACAUGAAUGAUCUGCCGAUGAGUUUCGUGACGAGCUUCACGCCGAGCUUCACGUCGAGCUUGAGCUCUCACUCUCAUCGGACCCGGUCCAAGCGGCAACGCAGCCCGGGUUCAAGUGCGCCAGAGCAGGGCCCAUCCAAGAGCCGAUCGCGCCGUAUCAGCCCCCGCAUCGCCCGCGCCUCUUCCGGGUGCAGCGCAGGCGGGUGCAGCCGAGUCUAGUCGGGUGGAGACGGAUUGGCGGAAAGGGGAAAGGGAGGCUUUGUUUCAAGGAUCCGCAGGGCCAAGAAGUCGAGACUUGAGGUGAUGGUGGUGGACUGGGUGGGGCAAUUGUCGGAUGAUGGAACUCGCAGUCUCUACUGGUCUGGGCAAGUGAGCUGGCAAUAGAACCCACGAAGAAGCGGGGCGCAGCAAGUGAGGCCAUCGCAUCCAUCUACUGUAGGUACUCAACAUUUGUCGCCUGUGUGAGACAGGACAGCCAGCCACUUUUGCAAGUGGCUUUGUAGGCGGCCCUCCCUACCUUCUGCUUAAUCUUAAUCGGUGUCCCUACUGUAGUGUCAUUCUUUUCUGUAGGACCAGGCAACGAGGCCAGGCCAGGCAUCAAGGCCAGGCAUCAACCCAGGAUCAUCUCAUC